UUUGAAUCGUCACACUCACAUGUUCAAUUAAACAAUUAAACAAAAGAAAAAAAAAGCUCCAACCGCUGCUGCUAUUAAUGCUGGAAAAAGAUCUCAUUUGGUAGAAGAAUGAUCUAUUUCCAAUUUGGUGUCCUAGUGCUAUAAUACUAAUCGUCUCUUGACUUGACAUUUCUUCAACCAACCGUGUCUUAUGUUCUUACAAGUCCUCGCGAGUGCAUAGAUAUUAAAACAAAACGCAUUUAAAACUCUUCUUGAAUUCUCGACUUCUCUGAAAGGGUCGCCAAAUGCACAUUAAUAGCAGAGCCUACAUUUCUCAAAUCUAAAACUCAUACACAUGGCUUCUCCUUGUCAAAUUGUUCCCUUCUCUGUGUUCAUGUCGGUUAUAGCUCUCUUGAGCGGCACACUUCUUUGUGAUGGAUCGACCAUGCUGAGCAUCGACACAGACAAAAUGGCGUUGCUGUCAUUCAAGUCUCGACUCAACUUAUCAUCCGUCAGCUCUCUGUCGUCGUGGAACGAACAUUCAUCACCCUGCAACUGGACUGGUGUCAGCUGCAGCAGAUAUGGCAGCAGAAGAGUAGUUGAACUUCAUCUUUCCGGCUUCGGACUGACGGGCUCAAUAGAUCCUCAUGUUGGGAACCUUUCCUUCCUUGAAUCUCUUCAACUUCAGAACAACAAAUUCACGGGACCAAUCCCUAGACAAAUCGGUAACCUUUUGCGCCUGAGAGUUGUAAACAUGAGUUCCAACAAUUUAGAAGGGGGACUUCCCUUCAACUUCAGCGCAAUGGCUGCACUUGAGAUUCUUGACUUGAUGUCAAAUGAAAUCACAGGCAGGCUUCCUGAAGAGCUGGGCAGUUUAACCAACCUACAAGUCUUGAACUUGGCACACAACCAACUCUUCGGUACAAUUCCUGCAACCUUUGGAAACAUUUCUUCGCUCGUUACCUUGAACUUAGGGACCAACCGUCUGAGUGGAUCGAUUCCCAGCCAAGUGGGUGACCUUAAAAAUCUCAAGCAUGUUGUGCUCCGUAUCAAUGAUCUCUCUGGUGCAGUUCCACCCAACGUGUUCAACAUGUCUUCGUUAGUCACCAUGGCCUUAGCUUCAAACAGACUUGGGGGAACAUUUCCAAAUAACAUUGGAGAGAGUCUCCCCAAUCUUUUAGUCUUCCACUUUUGCUUCAAUGAAUUUACUGGAACAAUCCCUCGGUCAUUCCACAACAUCACGAAAAUUCAAGUCAUACGCUUUGCUCACAAUUUUCUUCAUGGAACGGUGCCACCAGGUCUGGAAAAUCUCCGUGAACUUUCAAUGUAUAAUAUUGGGUCAAAUAGAAUCGUCAGCGUGGGUGAAAAUGGACUUAGCUUCAUAACUUCUUUGACAAACAGCUCGCAUCUCAACUACCUUGCAAUUGAUGAUAAUCAGUUGGAAGGUCUAAUUCCAGCAUCAAUUGGAAAUCUUUCGAAGGACCUUUCGAUAUUGAACAUGGGAGGGAAUCGUAUGUAUGGCAAUAUACCUACCUCAAUUGCUAAUUUGCGUGGCUUGUCUCUGCUGAAUUUGAGCGACAACUCGUUAUCAGGUGAAAUCCCACCUCAAAUAGGCAACUUGGAAAAGUUACAAAAGCUUGGUUUGGCCAGGAAUCGAUUUUCUGGUAGUAUUCCAAGUUCCUUGGGUGAUCUUCGAAUGUUGAGUGAAAUUGAUUUUUCAGGAAACGAUCUGGCUGGUAACAUACCCACGUCUUUUGGGAACUUUACGAAAGUAAUCUCAUUGGACUUGUCCAACAAUAAGCUCAAUGGAAGUAUACCAAGAGAGACUCUCAAUUUGCCUGGUUUAAGCAUGGUUUUAAAUCUCUCUAAUAACCUUUUCAGUGGGUCUCUUCCUGAAGAAAUCGGAUCUUUAGAAAAUGUUGUAACCAUUGAUAUAUCUAAUAACCAUAUCUCUGGUAAUAUUCCUCCUUCAAUCAGUGGUUGCAGAAGCUUAGAGGUAUUGAUAAUGGCCAGAAAUGAAUUCUCGGGUCCCAUUCCUGGAAUUUUAAAAGAUCUUAGAGGCCUCCGACGUCUUGACAUCUCAUUAAACUAUCUUUCAGGCCUCAUUCCUAAAGAGCUUCAAAGUAUAACAGGCCUUCAAUAUUUAAAUCUCUCUUUUAAUAACCUGGAGGGAGCAGUCCCCAGGGGUGGAGUGUUCGAAAGCAACAGCAGAAUUUAUUUAGAAGGAAAUCCAAAGCUUUGCCUGUAUCCUUCAUGUCCAGAGAGUGGAUCUAAACGUGCCGAAGUAAUUAAAGUUAUCGCCUUCACAGCUGUAUUUUCAACACUAGCACUCUGCUUUAUCAUUGGUAUGCUGAUCUAUUUUAAGACGAAAAAAUCAAAGAUUGCAUCAUCAUCAAUUGAAUUGCUCAAGGGAGAACACGAAAUGGUCUCUUAUGAUGAGCUCCGUUUGGCAACCAAGAAUUUCAGCGAGAAAAAUUUGAUUGGAAAAGGAAGCUUUGGGUCGGUGUACAUGGGCAGCUUAAAGCAAGGAAUUCCAGUGGCUAUCAAGGUUCUCGACAUCAACAGGACUGGUUCUACAAGGAGCUUUAUGGCUGAGUGUGAAGCUUUGCGGAAUGCGAGACAUCGAAAUCUUGUUAAACUCAUCACAUCAUGCUCCAGCAUAGAUUUCUCAAACAUGGAAUUUCGAGCUUUGAUUUUUGAACUUUUGAGCAAUGGAAGCUUGGACGGCUGGAUUCACGGCCGAAGAAGCCACGAAAGUGGAAUUGGGCUCAAUAUCCUCGAGCGAAUGAACAUUGCCAUCGAUGUUGCUUCAGCAAUAAAUUACUUGCACCAUGAUUGUGAACUCCCCAUAGUUCACUGUGAUUUAAAGCCAAGCAACAUUCUUCUAGAUGCAGACAUGACUGCGAAAGUAGGAGACUUCGGAUUGGCUCGCUUACUAAUUGAAAGUGAAAUGACCCAAUCCUUAAGUUCCACACAUGUCCUAAAAGGUUCCAUCGGUUACCUUCCUCCAGAGUAUGGUUUUGGAGUAAAGCCAACAACAGCGGGAGAUGUGUAUAGUUUUGGAGUAACAUUACUAGAACUUUUUACAGGAAAGAGUCCAACAGACGAAUAUUUCACAGGAGAACAGAAUCUGGUGAAGUGGGUGGAGUCAUGUUUCCCAGCAGAUGUGAUGGAAGUGAUAGAUUUCAAGUUGUCGAAACUUUGCAUGGAUUUGGAGUAUGAAAGACACAUCAUAAGUUUAGAUAAACAGAAGGAUUGUUUGAUCAAAGUUAUUGGAGUUGCACUAUUAUGCACUAUGAACUCUCCGACAAACCGCAUUGACAUGAAAGAUGCUGUUUCAAAGCUCAAGAAUGCCAAAGGCAGCCUUAUUUGUUCUCCAUAGAAAAGUGAUACAUGUAUUGAUCAACAAGAGAUGCAUGAUCUGUUACUUGGUAAUGUGUUGUUUUCAUCGCGCAGCAAAGAGGUGCAGGAAAAUAAAAGUACUUAUCAUCCUAAUUUGCAUUACUUGUGAAAAACACAUCUGUGAGUUGUAUCUAUGAAUAUAAGUAUUAGAAGUGGUGUAUUUAGAAUAACAUAUAUAAUUCUAAUAAUGUAUAAACUUUUGGUAUAUGAGGGUAAUUAUAAAAUUACCAGCCUGUGUGCCAACCUCAA